CCCGCUCAGUGCCAACCGACGCGCCUGCGCACUCCCUGUCCCCCUCCACCCCUCCCUGCCCAAAACCAUCAGCUUUCGCUUCCGGCCGUCAAGUUGGCUCGAGCGGGUGGGGGUGUAUGUGUGUGUAUGAGAGAGAGAGAGUCCUCUGAGGAGGAGGAGGGGGGAAGACAUUUUAUUAUUGUUUUGCUUUUUAUUUAUAUGUAUGUAGAUCAUUAGAAGAAAAGACGAUUUUUAAAAAAAAUCUGAAGAAAAAAUAUCAAGGGAAAGGAGGAGGUGGUCAAGAGUUUGAGAGGGAAAAAUAUUUGUCGGAGGAGGAUUAUGUCUCCACAGUGAAAAAAAAUAACCCGGGGGUCUUUUGUGGAGUUUUUUUUUGGAAUUUCUUCCGCCUCCCCUUCCCCUCUUCCCUUCAUGCUCGCCUUUCUGUGAGGAGAAAAUCAUCCCCAACAUACCUCAGGCUUCAUGACUCUCGACUCUAUCAUGGCGUGCUGCCUUAGUGAAGAGGCGAAAGAAUCCAAGAGAAUUAACGCCGAGAUAGAAAGGCAGCUUCGCAGGGAUAAGCGGGAUGCACGCAGGGAGCUGAAACUGCUACUCUUGGGUACUGGAGAAAGUGGCAAGAGUACAUUCAUCAAACAGAUGCGAAUCAUACAUGGGAGUGGAUAUUCGGAUGAAGACAAACGGGGCUAUACGAAGUUAGUCUACCAGAAUAUAUUCACUGCCAUGCAAUCCAUGAUCAGAGCCAUGGAAACCCUUAAAAUCCAAUACAAAUAUGAGCAAAAUAAGGCGAAUGCACAAUUGAUUCGAGAGGUUGAUGUAGAAAAAGUAGCCUCGUUCAAUAGUCCAUAUCCAAGUGCAAUAAAAACUCUGUGGAAUGAUCCGGGAAUUCAAGAAUGCUAUGAUCGAAGGCGAGAGUAUCAAUUGUCAGACUCUGCUAAAUACUAUCUUAGUGAUUUGGAUCGUAUAUCGGAUCCUGCCUAUCUGCCUACCCAGCAGGAUGUCCUUAGAGUUCGAAUCCCAACAACAGGGAUCAUUGAAUACCCAUUCGACUUACAAAGCAUCAUCUUCAGAAUGGUGGAUGUUGGAGGCCAGAGAUCAGAAAGAAGGAAAUGGAUUCAUUGCUUUGAAAACGUGACAUCCAUCAUGUUUCUAGUGGCACUAAGUGAAUACGACCAGGUUCUUGUAGAAUCUGAUAAUGAGAAUCGAAUGGAGGAGAGCAAAGCACUAUUUAGGACGAUAAUCACAUAUCCCUGGUUUCAAAACUCCUCAGUCAUUCUCUUCUUAAAUAAGAAGGAUCUCUUGGAAGAAAAGAUUAUGUACUCCCAUUUGGUCGACUACUUCCCUGAGUUUGAUGGUCCGCAGAGAGAUGCGCAAGCUGCCCGAGAAUUCAUUUUGAAGAUGUUUGUUGACCUGAAUCCAGAUAGUGACAAAAUCAUCUACUCUCACUUCACAUGUGCCACAGACACAGAGAACAUCCGUUUUGUCUUUGCAGCUGUUAAAGAUACAAUUCUGCAGCUGAACCUGAAGGAGUACAAUUUGGUCUGAUCAGACCAAUGAAAAGGAGAAAAGAAAAUUUAAACCAUAAUGACCGCAAUUGUUAUGAUCUGUGAAGUUUGCAAACUGCUAAUUGUCAUCCUGGAUUCUUGUCUGUGUGUGUCCACAGAGUUGUAGCUUCUUUUAAAACAAAAAAUGGUUUUAUUCAAUGCAGGGUUGGGGAGGGGCAGGGAGACACCUUUUUAAUGUGCAUCUUUUUGGGUGCCAAUCUACAUUUCCAUGUUUUCAAAUGUCACUUAAUAACUAGCUGUAUAACAGAUAGUUGGCUUGAGCUACAAUCUCUUUAAUGCUUGUUCAAAUGAAGAAUAGCAGGUGUUAUUCCACUUGCAAAAUCAAAAUGCAAUGCCAUCCCCUCUUUCUGCUCUUUGUUUUGCUGGCCUUCUGCUGUCUGAUCACAGAUAUGCUCUGUGAUGCACAGUGGUGAUGUUUCAGGGCUCUGUCUGACCGAAACCAAGCCAUCACUUGCAUAAUUGAUGUACUGUUUCUGGUUUAUUUGUUUUUUUUUCUGAUCAAUGAGAACGUAUUGAUACUGUGAUUUAUUUUUUGAUUUUUUUUAAAAAGUAAAUUAUUGAUGUUAUACAUAUAGUUUGCUACUUGCUGUAUUUCAGCCAUGGACUACAAAGAUGGGAGCUCACUAAGCAAUAGCAGGUUGAGCAAAUAUCAUGGGAAAUGGGAGGGGGGUGGAAUUUGCUUAAGUACUUAGAAACCUGAGAUGUGGAAAUAAUGAUUACUUGGCAAACAAAUGAAGCCAAUCUAGUAUAAAGAAAUAAGUGUAUUUAUCUAAUUUAUGGACCAGUAUACUUAGGCUUGAUUUCAGAUUAGAAUGUUUCUGUACGAGUUGGUUUACAGAUACUUAGCUGUUGCCAAACUUCGAUUUUUUUUUUACUGCUGUACACUACAGUGGCAAGUUGUGGAGUCUUUUUUAGGGUGACUUGCUAAACUAAAGUUGACAGUUUAUGCUUUUUUUUGUCAGAUGAGGGGUUUUAACCUUGAAAGUUUUUAAUAGCAAGUUAGUUUUAUGUGGUCAGGUACUUUUACAGAUUUUUUUUAAAACAUAGGUAUGAUAUCAGGCCUGUUUGAAAAGAAGACCUCUGUCUGUGUUUUAUAGGAAUGCAGGUGCCAAGAAAGUUGCACUACACAGCUCUUAAUUUGUGUGAUUUCUCUGUACAAAAGUGAAAGGAUGGCUUUUAUAUAUGCUGCACAGUGCCAUAAAUAUAUUGUACCUUAAAUUGAGAAGGUUUGACCUCACCAAACAAAUUUCAGGACUACUUUGUAAUGUUAAAAGUUGUAGGCAGCCUUUCUGGUAAAAUUGCUACAUCACACAGUAGUGAUUUAAAUACUAUGGUUGGGCAGAAAUGGCAUCUAAAAAAGAAGCUGAUGCCUGUGGGUUUUCUUUUUUUCUUUUAAUGUAGUUGGUCAUGCAUAUUUGUCCUGCAUUCAAAUCAUUAUGCUGCCAUCUAUCCAGUAUACUUCAUGUAUACUCCUUAAUGAUGCCUUUUAUUGUAGCUACUGACUUCACCAGCAGGAGGUGCCCUGUCAUUGCUCCAGGUAUUUGGCACCAAAAAGGGCUUCAUAUCCAAAAUUAUCAUAAUUGAGUUAGUACUGAAUAGUUUUUAAUUACACUAAAACAACUGGGAUAUGUUAAAGAAGACUAGGAUGAGGUAGAGCAGCAAUUGUUAAAAGAUGCAGCAUUUUGCUGUUUGACUAUAAUCUAAAGUGCUUUUUCAAGUAUCACAGUUCAAAAAUAUAACCUUAGUUAAUUGAUUUGUUUUAUUUUGUAAUAAUGGAAUUCCAGAUUGAUUCAGAACUAAGUUAAUCUCAAAUUGUAGACAUUAUUUCAAAUGUGGUUGAAAUUGUGAUUUUUGUCAGCUGUGAAUUUGAUACAAUUAAAUGUAAUGGUGAGUGAGUUAUUUGGUUUCAAAAUGUUUGUCAUGUCUACAUAAUAGUUUAUUUAUAUUGAAUGGAAGAGCAGACAGGUGCUAAAGGUUUUGAUUGGCAGAUCUGUGCUAAAACAGGUGGCAGCAAGAACCUGUCAUUCCUACCCAUAAUAUUAAUUCAUCUUUAUUAAAUAUGAUUAGUACUUGACUGUCAAAUCUAGUAACACAAUUAUGUUUAUAUUACUCAUUAUUUUUGGUGAGUAUUAUGAUUUGCAUUCAUUAUAAAUACAGUCACUAUAAGUUCAAUCCCCUUUUUUGCGAAGGGUAUUUUAAAAUUAGAAGUACGCCAUAUCGGAGCAGAUGCAUAUAGAGUAUAAAUAGGGCAUCGUUUAACUUGGCUUUCCUUGUCACAUCUUGUAGGCCUACCCUUAGAAAAUCUAAGGAAUAUGAAAAUUCCAAAACAACAUUGAUAGAGCUCUUUGCAAAAAUUAUUUCCAGAGUUCGUUCUUAUGGGAAUAGUACCUGCCAUAAACAUUUGAUUUCAUUUAAAACACCUUCACUGUCAGGUAAGGCUGAUGUUAGAAGGGAAUUCUGAUUGUUUUUGCUAAGUCUUAUUUGUCUCUAGUCCAUUACGCUGCUGCUAAAACAGCCAAAUAUUCUGUACACUACAUACCAUUGCUAAACACUCCAGUAUCCUGCAAAAAUAUGAUAUAAAAAACUAAAUGCCAUUGUUUUACUAAACAAAAAUGGAUAUGUGGCUUUAGGUUUCCUUACUCUUAAGUUUACAUGAAAGGCCUUGGAAAUUUUGACAGGACUAGACUUUGUGAAUACCUAAGUUUGCUCAAUUAGAGGAAAAUAACCUUUAAAAUGAACAUGUGGAAAUUGUCUGGGGGAGAGAAAAGCCAGUGUCUAUCUGUGUUGAAUUCUGUGGCAAUGAAGUAAAGUAGAGAGUGCCUUACCUAAUCAUUGAUUUUUUUUUUUUGCCAGUA